AUGCCACAAUUAAUUUUUCUUAAAAGAGAUUUAACAGGACCAAUGGGAUUAUUACGACAUUUUCCAACAGAUUUGGUUAAUUCAGCUCUCAAUGAACUUGCAAACUAUGAAUUAAUACGACAAGGACGUAAGCAAUCAUCUAUUUAUCAUUAAAUACUUUCCAAAUCAGCACCUAAUUUUAAUCAUAAUACAUUAAAAAAUGUA